UACAGCUUCUCUACUAGUUUCAAAUCCCCUGCAACGCAACUGCCGGAAAUCCCAAGCUCAAUAAAUGGCUCCAAAAGUUCUAAUGGUCGCCGAGAAGCCAAGCAUUGCUCUGGCAAUUGCUACAGUUCUUUCCAGUGGUCGAAUGUCAUCUCGAAGGGGGAGCACUGAGGUUCAUGAGUUUGAUGGAAUGUUUUUGGGAUUCCCUGUCCAGUAUAAAGUGACAUCAGUAAUCGGUCAUGUUUUCAGUGUAGAUUUUCCCGCCCGUUAUCAAGAUUGGAAUGCCACAGAUCCUCUGGAUCUCUUUGAUGCGCAGAUUGUUAAAGCAGAGUCAAAUCCAAAGGCUCAUAUUUGUAGGCAUUUAAGCCAAGAAGCUCGUGGUUGUGGACACUUAGUAUUGUGGUUGGAUUGCGAUCGCGAAGGAGAAAAUAUAUGUUUUGAAGUUAUUGACUCUACGGGUUUCCAGUCAAAAGAUGGCAAAAAAAUUUACCGCGCUCGAUUUUCAUCUGUAACUGAGAAAGAUAUUCUGAAAGCCAUGAAUAGCCUUGUUGAACCUAAUAAAAACGAGGCACUGGCUGUGGACGCCCGCCAAGAAAUAGAUUUGAAAGUUGGAGUUGCUUUCACACGUUUUCAGACAAGCUAUUUCAAUGGGAAAUAUGGAAACCUUGAUUCAAGAGUUAUCUCUUAUGGGCCGUGCCAAACUCCAACCCUUGGAUUUUGCGUGCAACGACACCAAACAAUUACUACUUUUAAGCCAGAAAAGUUUUGGACAUUGCAUCCUUACAUACUACACAAAGGCUAUGAACUCAAGUUAGAAUGGGAGCGACAAAGGUUAUUUGACUUUGAUGUCGCUCAAAUGUUCUGCAACUUUGUAAAAGAAGAUGGGAUGCUGAAAGUUAUUAGCAUAUCUGAAAAACAGGAGUCAAAAGGUCGCCCCACUGGUCUCAAUACAGUGAACCUUAUGAAGGUAGCAUCAAGUUCUUUGGGCUUUGGACCCCAGCUGGCAAUGCAAUUGGCCGAGCGUUUAUAUACGCAAGGUUAUAUCAGCUAUCCCCGAACAGAGAGCAGUGCAUACCCAUCUUCAUUUGAUUACAAAGGCACUCUUAAAGCACUAGUACGCAAUCCAGUGUGGGGUGAUUAUGUGCAGCAACUUCUGUCUGAAGGCUAUCAUACACCAAAAUCGGGAACUGAUGCAGGUGAUCACCCCCCAAUUACUCCAAUGUCUUCAGCUACAGAGGAUAUGCUAGGCCAUGAUGCAUGGAAUCUCUACCAAUACAUUUGUCAACAUUUUCUAGGAUCUCUUUCUCCUGAUUGCAAAUAUACAAGGACAAAAAUUGAAUUUCAAUCUGGUGGAGAAUUAUUCCAGUAUGUUGGGCAGCACGUCAAGGUCAAAGGAUUCACAUCCAUUAUGCCAUGGUUGGCAGUGAAUGAGAUAAACAUACCUCAGUUUACUCAAGGGCAUAAAAUCGAGAUAUCAAGAAUUGAAGUAGACGAGGGCAAUACACGACCUCCCGAUUACCUUACUGAAAGUGAGCUCAUUUCAUUAAUGGAAAAGAAUGGAAUAGGGACUGAUGCAUCCAUUUCUGUACACAUCAACAACAUAUGCGAACGUAAUUAUGUACAGGUACAGGCAGGAAGAAAAUUGGUUCCUACUGCUCUAGGUAUCAGCUUAAUAAGAGGCUACCAAUGCAUAGACCCAGAUCUCUGUUUACCCGAUAUCCGAAGUUUCAUUGAGCACCAAAUUGCCCUUGUAGCUAAAGGUCAAGCAGAUCAUUCUUUAGUUGUGGAACAUGUGAUAGAUCAAUUCAGGAGGAAGUUUAGCUACUUUGUCAAGCAGAUUGAAAACAUGGAUGCCUUAUUCGAAGCAGAGUUUUCCCCACUCUCAAGCUCGGGGCGUGUGCUUAGCAAAUGUGGCAAAUGUCUUCGGUACAUGAAGCAUAUAUCUUCCCAGCCAUCACGUCUUUACUGUGGGACAUGCGAAGAAAUUUAUUACACUCCUCCAAAGGGUUCUGUCAAGCUAUACAAGGAGCUUACAUGCCCUCUCGACAACUUCGAGCUUCUGCUGUUCUCAAUGCCUGGACCAGACGGUAAAUCCUUCCCAUUCUGCCCUUACUGCUACAACAGCCCUCCAUUCGAAGGCAUCGACAAUUUAUACGGAGCAGGUAAAGCCGCGGGUCCCACCAAGUUAGGCAAGGGGGCCGGCAUGCCCUGCUUCCUCUGCCCACACCCCACAUGCCAGCACUCCAUGAUAUCUCAAGGGGUCUGUGCUUGUCCAGAGUGUGACGGUACUCUAGUGCUCGAUCCAGUCAGCGCACCCAAAUGGAGACUCUAUUGCAACAUGUGCAACUGUCUCGUUUCCCUUCCGGAAGGUGCUCAUAGGAUUUCGACGACUAAGGACCAUUGUCCUGAAUUUAGCAUUUUCAUGGCCAUUAAUAUAGCUUAUAAUGAGUCUUUGUGA